CAUGAGCGGAACGUUUUAUCAGAUAAAGUCGCGCUAUCGGUCUCGGCAGAUAAGGGAACGGUGACAGACUGACGAUGACACACGGUGCCCGUGCUUUCGGAAGUGUACGUGUCGCUCCGGCUAUUUUUUUUCCUGUUCCCCAUCGCGCGUGUAAUUCUUGCCUCUGUUUUCCAUCUCGAGUGGAAAAUAGCUAAAUAAAGUCAUGGAUACUCUGUAUCCGAAUCUCUACGAGCGCUUCAAGACAGAAGGCCUCUGUCCCAUUUGCUUCAUGGAGAUGGAACUUACGCCCAGAUACUCGUGCAUUAACGGGCACACCGUAUGCCACCGUUGCAAGCCUUAUUAUUAUAACUGCUUCACGUGUGCGGCACCGUUGAAUAUGGAGAUCCUGUCGCCACAGAAGGACACAUCUGAGCCGGUACAUUUGAUGCCGCAUCCCAUGUCAUCGCGUCGUUAUGAUGAUUAUAAUCCUAGCGCGCCGUCGAUGAACGAUUUUCUGGAUAAUGAGAGGAGAGCUUGGAAACCGUCCGUGCCGUCUGAAAAUCAACGUCUCGAAUUCUGCUCGUAUUCUCAUCUAGGAUGCUGGGUAAAAAUACCGGAGCACCUGCGAGUGCUUCAUGAGUCGAGGUGCCAGUUUCGACCGCACUUGGAGGAGAAACAUAUGCCAACCGAUCUUCAUCACGGCCAUGACGAUUUGGUAGAUUGUUCGUAUUCUGCAGCAGGAUGCAGGGUACGAACAGUUCCGUGGAGACGCAGCAUUCAUGAGCAGUAUUGCAUCUACAAGACCAAAGACAUAUUCCAAAGCGUGAACGAUAUGAGCGACGAUUUCGCGUCUGCGACGAUCGCCGAUAAUGAUUACGGCGGCGAUCUUGAAGAAUUGGUGCAAUGUAAGUUUAAGCAGUAUGGUUGUAUGGUGAAUAUUCCGAGGAGGCGGAAAUACAUACACGAGCAGAAAUGCAACUACAAAAGCCAUGAAGAAGACGUAUUCCGGAAUACGAACGAUAUGAGCGAUGGUUUCACAUUCUCGACGAUCGCCGGUAACGAUUAUGGCGGCGAUCCCGAAGAAUUGGUGCAGUGCAAGUUUAAGCAGUAUGGUUGCAUGGUGAAUAUUCCGAGGAGGCGAAAAUACAUACAUGAACAGAAAUGCAACUACAAGAGCCAUCAAAGAGACUUGGACGGAUUCGAUUAUCCCGCCCAGCCAGAAUUAGACCCUGACGAGCAAGUAGAAUGCAGGUGGUCCGAAUACGGCUGCCGAGUCAGACCGAAACGUUAUCGUAAGCAAAUUCACGAGGAUAAGUGUAAUUACAGGAAGGAAUCCCCAUGGAUGCAGCGUUAUAUUUAAGCCAACUUUAAGAUACUCUCAU